UCGACAGGGUUAGAUUAGAGAGGUCGACUUUAUUCGACAGGUUAGGGUUAGAUUAGAGAGGUCGACUUUAUUCUCUUUACAAAAAAUGUUUACGUGAUGUAUACAGCGAUUAGUCUACAUCACACAACCAGGUAACAUUUACAAAUGAAGGCGCAGCUGAUAAAUGGCUAUUAAACAGAUCUAGCUCGAUCUUAACAUACCUGGCUAUUCUUGCCAAGGUAAAAUCUCCGAGGAAAGAACGUUCAUCAAGAAGAAAGCACAUACAACGACAACAAACGCUUAGUAACAUACGUGCUCUUUGCGUGCCGUAUCUCAGACUCCUGAAUAAUACUCAGACAUAAAUGAUCUGUUCACUUAAACCAACGAAGCGAGAAACGCCGUAAAUGUAGUUUCACGCUGUGCGGAAGGUGUUAAGGAGUCCUUGUAUGCGACUUUGGGAAUAAUAAUAAUUUAGAAGAUUUACGGCGCUUCAAAGUUUUUUUGAGGCGUUCAUGAGCCCAAGUUUGUUAUCCCUACAAUGGAAAAGUAUGAGAAGUUGGCUAAGAUAGGAGAAGGCUCCUAUGGAGUGGUGUUUAAAUGCCGCAACAGAGACACAGGUCAGAUAGUGGCCAUCAAGAAGUUUGUGGAAUCUGAGGAUGACCCAGUCAUCAAGAAGAUAGCACUGAGGGAGAUCAGAAUGUUGAAGCAGCUGAAGCAUGUGAACCUGGUCAACCUACUUGAGGUGUUCAGGAGGAAGAGGAGACUGCACCUGGUGUUUGAGUUCUGUGAGCAGACUGUCCUCAAUGAAGUGGAAAAGCACCCAAGAGGAGUACCGGAAGCUCAGCUCAGGAGCAUCAUCUGGCAGACUCUUCAAGCCAUCAACUUCUGUCACAAACACAAUUGUAUUCAUCGGGAUGUGAAACCAGAAAACAUCCUGCUGACCAAGAUGGGUGUUGUUAAGCUGUGUGAUUUCGGUUUUGCCCGGAUCCUCACUGGUCCAGGUGACGACUACACAGACUAUGUGGCCACACGGUGGUACCGGGCCCCAGAGCUUUUGGUGGGGGACACGCAGUACGGACCACCCGUGGACAUCUGGGCACUGGGCUGCGUCUUUGCUGAGCUUCUGCACGGAAAUCCCCUCUGGCCUGGACAGUCUGACGUAGAUCAGCUCUACCUCAUCCGCAGGACACUGGGUGACCUGACCCCUCGACACCAGCAGGUAUUCCGUUCCAAUGUCUUCUUCAGUGGAGUCAGCAUCCCUGAGCCCGACACCAUGGAUCCACUGGAGAGGAGGUUUGGUGGGACUUCCUCACAUGCCAUUGCUGUAUUGAAGUCCUGUCUUGUGAUGGACCCAGCUGGAAGACUGUCAUGUGAGGAACUGUUAGAGCUGCCAUUCUUCCAGGAAGAAGGCGGGUCAGGGUGGGGCCGGGAUGCCGACAGGCCUGGGAGACGCCAGGAUAAAGGCACCAGGCGCAGAGUGCCUGCGGCCCAGUAUUUGCCUCAGCUUCCUGGUAACACCCUCUCCCCAGCAGCAGAACAGAAGAACAAGCACAAACCUAAAUAUGACCAUCAUCUACCCAACAUCCAACCCUGAGGGAGAGAAAGAAACCUCUGAACCGGCAGCGACAUGGAUGCUUAAUAUUUUAUGUAUAGUUAUGGGUGUGUGCAUGAUUUUUUUUUUUAUUGUGUGUGUGUGUGUGUGUGUGAGAGAGAGUGAGAGGGAGAGAGAGAGAUCUAAUCUGUAUACAUAAUGUAGACAUGAGGAACAUUGUGAGAGUGACAGUGCUGUAGAACUUUAACAAGCUUUAGCUGGUGUCAUUUUUGAAGUAACAUAUGACAAUACUCACCUGUCUUUCAGAACUCUCAUUCAUUCUUCCUAUAUGUUGCAGACAUGAACUGAACGUUAUUAAUCUGCAUAGGCUUUAGUGACCCUAACUGAUUUGUUAUUAACCACUAUGAUCUUUAGCUUCUCCAGGGAUUUCUGAAUGGACCCUUUAAAGUCCCAGCUUGCACAUCUGUAGUGCCAAAUUAAUCAGGUGGUGGUGCACUGCAAAUGGCACAGGUCAUAUUCCUCCCUUCCUAAUGCUUACAUUGUUCACAGCUAUUAUUACAUAACAGAACAUAAUAUAGUCCAAAACAUAUAAUAAUAAUGAAUGCUAGUAUUAUUAUUAUUAUUUAAUAAUACCACUACUAAUAACAGCAACAAUAGUAAUGCUAGUAUUAAUUAAUUAUUAUUAUGUUCUGCAGUGUUCUUAUCACCCCAUGCUACAUCUGCUACUUGCCCCUUUAAUGACCCUGUGUCUUUCUACAUGUUUCUGUGUCUUUUCCUUGUCUUGACCUGUAAUUUCAUCACUUACGUGCCAUUCAAAUGGUAAUAUGUUACACUAUUAUGGACAUGAACUGAGAUUAUUAAAACCAGUAA